UUUACGAGCAGACGAUAUUCCGACGCAGGACAGCAUGGUGGCUCCGCUGGAGAAAGACAAGGAGGGAGGCGGAGGAAAGGCUGGGAGCAAGAAAGAAAAGGAUCAGAGCUGGAUUCCCAAGAUCAUCAAGAAAAGAGUGUGCACAACUUUUGUUGAAAACACUUUGAGUAACAGUGGGCUCUGUCAUUGUGGAGGGGUGCGAGAAUUGCAUGACUCUGUGGCAACAGGAGACUUCUUCGGAGCAGCAAGUGUUACCCAGUGGGACAGCCAGCAGCACUCGUCUGAAUAUCCCACAGAUGCUUUUGGAGAGUUGGAGUUUGCUGGAGCUGGACGCAGACAAAGCCAUUUUCUGCGUCUAUCAUGUGACACACCUCCACACAUCGUCUACAAUCUGAUGACAGAACAUUGGGGCCUACCCUCCCCCAACCUUGUUGUGUCAGUGGUGGGAAGUGAGGGGCAUGAGAAGAUUAAGCCGUGGGUGAACGAUAUCCUAAGAAAAGGGCUAGUUAGGGCUGCACAGAGUACAGGGGCAUGGAUUUUGACAGGGGGUCUGAAAGAGGGUAUUUCCCGCUGUGUUGGAGAGGCUGUGAAAGACCAUAGGGCUGCAGCUUCAACUGUGUCCCAGAAAAAAGUCAUUGCGAUUGGUGUGACACCUUGGGGUCUGGUACACAACAGACAGCAGCUUGUCAACGCCCAGGGAAGUUUCCCAGCUCGUUACUAUGCCCAGAACACAACACAUGAUACAUACUCUUUGGACAACAGCUGCCAAGCUUUCCUCUUGGUGGACAAUGGGACUAUCAGCAAGCGAGGUGGAGAGACAGUCUUUCAACUUAAUCUGGAAGACUACAUUUCCCAUCAGCGCACAGGCAUCUGGGGUAGUGGCAGUAUUGAAAUUCCUGUCAUUUGCAUGCUUAUCUCAGGAGAAACCAGAAUGUUGGAGAGAAUAGACACAUCCCUCAAAAAAGCCACACCCUGGUUGGUUUUUGCUGGUUCUGGUAAGGCAGCAGAUUUCAUCACGGACUUAUCAGCAAUGGCCCUCAGCCCUGCCUCUCCGGCAGCAGAUGGGGAGGCUAUCAAGAGUGUCAGCACAGAGUUCUGUGACUGGGUUCGUGAGAAGAUCCAGAAGCACUUCCCAGCUGAGGCCGAGUUGGAAAAACUGGUCAAUACUGCUUGGAGUAUUUAUCAGAGGAGAGAUCUCAUUACUGUUUUUCAUGGAGAGCAGGAGGGCUCUGAUGACUUCGACACAAUUCUCCUCAAAGCCCUGGUGAGAGCUAGUAAACGUUUGACCAGUAUGGCCAAUGAGUCCACAGAGGAGCUCAAACUGGCUGUGGCCUGGAACCGAGUAGACAUCGCAAAAGCUGAGCUCUUCAAUGGAGACAUACAUUGGAAGUAUGAGGACCUUGAGGACUCCAUGACAGAUGCCUUGAUCAAUAACAAGCCCCAGUUUGUGCGUCUCUUCUGUGAAAAUGGUCUCAACAUCCUGAAUUAUUUGACAAAUAAUCGCUUGGAGAGUUUAUAUCGCUCGCUGUCAGAUAGCUCGCUGGCAUACGUUCUACUCCAGAGGCGUCUGAGUGAAAGACGGAGCCUGGCUGGACCUCUGCUCUCUGAGGACGGAGCUGGAAUAGGUGCCAUGCAGACUCUCCAUACAGAAGUGAACACAGGUGCUUCUGUCAGGGAUCUUAGUUUGUUUGAGGUAUCCCGCCUGCUGCAGGAUCUCUUCGGUGAUGUCUGUGAGCCUUUCUACUAUGGAGCUCUGGGUCUUGACCCCAGGAUGGGCACUAGAAGAGCACUGAAGCAAGUCAACAAAAUCCUGAAGGGUGAAUGUACAUAUCGCAACCAGCACUGCCCCUCUCCCUGGGCAGCUCUCUUCAUUUGGGCUGUUUUGCAGAACCGCACUGAAAUGGCUAUGUACUUCUGGGAAAUGGCAGGGGAGUCUGUGCUAAGUGCUCUUGGUGCCCGUAAGAUUCUGAGGGAACUUUCCAAGCAGGAGAAUGAGGCAGAGAGCAAGCUGGCCAUGAAACAAUUGGCACAGAGGUUUGAGAAGCUGGCAAAUGACGUAUUUGGUGAGUGUUACCAAAGCAGUGAGAGCCUCUCCUUCACACUCCUUAUAAGGAAGUCUUCUGUGUGGGGCGGAGCUACAUGUCUGGAGAUGGCCACAGCAGCCGAUGCCCGACUGUUCUGCAGUCAUGAUGGUGUUCAGUCUCUGUUGUCUGAGAUAUGGUGGGGGGACAUGGACAGGUCAACUGAGGUCUGGAAGCUGAUUCUCUCUUUCUUCAUUCCUCCGCUCAUCUAUACCGAUCUGAUCAGCUUCAGGGAACUAGAAGAGGAGAUCAAACCUUUUGCAGAUCACCACAUCAGAGACAAUGACAGCGUAGAGGGGAUUGAUGCCGCUGACUUCUCCAUUGCUGACAUCAUACAAAAUGAGGAAGACAUGGAAGAAUUGAAGACCCUGAAGGAAGGCCUAAAAGACUCUAUGCAAACUAAUUCCAAAAGACCAUUUAUCAUGUCAAGGUGGAGGCAGUUUUGGUAUGCGCCUGUGACCUCAUUCCUGGGCAAUGUGCUGAUGUACUUCCUGUUCCUUUGCCUGUUUGCCUAUGUUCUGUUGGUGGACUUCAAAGGCCCUCCCCCUGAUGGACCCUCCUCUCUGGAAUUUGUGCUUUACUUUUGGGUCUUCACAUUAGUAUGUGAAGAGAUCCGACAGAUCUUUUUGGGGGGCGAUUUAUUUUUGCUCCAAAGGAUGAAGAAGUACAUUCAGGAUCACUGGAACAAGUGUGACCUCACAGCUAUUCUUCUUUUUCUUUUGGCUCUACUCUGCAGAAUGUUUCCUUGGUCAUUCAAUGUUGGACGAGCUGUUAUGGCCAUAGACUACAUGGUCUUUACACUUCGUCUGAUCCAUAUCUUUGCCAUCCACAAACAACUUGGACCCAAAACCAUCAUUCUUGGAAAAAUGGUGAAAGAUGUUUUCUUUUUCCUCUUCUUCCUGGGUGUUUGGCUGAUGGCCUACGGCGUGGCCCACCAAGCACUCCUCUUUUCAUAUGAUCCCCGGUCUAAAUGGAUUUUCCGCAGAGUGUUCUACAGGCCAUAUUUGCACAUAUUUGGACAAAUCAAUAUUCAUGAAAUGGAUGCCGACAAACUGGAAGAACGGAACUGCUCUUAUAACCAUUCAGAAAUUGAGGCAGGAGCAGAACCCUGCCUGAGUACCUAUGCAAACUGGCUGGUUGUAAUCCUCCUUGUUGUCUAUCUGCUGUUUACCAACAUAGUGCUGGUCAACCUGCUCAUUGCCAUGUUCAGCUACACCUUUUCCAAAGUUCAGGAGCACAGUGACAUCUACUGGAAAUUUCAGCGUUACAAUCUCAUUGUGGAGUACCACUAUAGACCAUGUCUGGCACCACCAUUCAUCAUCUUCUCUCAUCUUCACAUUCUUAUCAAGAGAUACAUCCGCCAGAUUCCUUCUGCCAAGAGUCAGCACUUUGCUGUGGAGCUGCAAGGCAGGAAGGCAAGCCGUCUGAAUACAUGGGAGGCUGUGCAAAAAGAGGAGCUCUUGUCUGCUCAGAAUAAGCAGCUGAGAGAGAGCGACACAUCACGACUUCAACGAACUUCUAUUAAGGUGGACAGUGUUCUGAAGCAGAUGGCUGAAAUUCGAGACCACGACCGAAGGCUGCGUCUACUUGAGAAGCAGUUGAAUUACUGCUGCAGCGCCCUCUCCUGGUUGACUGAAGCUAUGUGUCAAAGUAAUGUGAUCACAACUAAACGGCCUCCUCCACUCCACAAAGAUGUUACGCAACUGUCUUCAACCUGAACUUCAGGGUCACAUGCUUAUACAGAAUUACUUUUGUAUUAUGGGCAUUUUAAUUCCGUGGACCACUUCUGAACACAACAAUCUCUUGAAUAACCCUAGACCCCGUUCUGGCUAAACAUAAUUAUCUACUUAAACACUAAUUGUGGGGCUUUUUUGUAUCCCAGAAUCAUGGAUCAGUGAAUGUUCACUUUGUCAAAGACAGUGCACUCAGGACAUUUAUGUUGCAAAAUGUAUAGUUUCCUAUCCUGGCAUGUUUUGUUUCAUGAUGUAUCUAUAUUUUCUAUAUACAGACUAUGUUUUAUACUGCUUUAUGGAAAGGUCAGCAUGCAGUCUAUCUCUUUUGCUUUUCUUUCAUUUGUUUUCAGAGCUAAAUUAUGCAUUAUUCUAGUCAUUGGAGAGCAGUAUAACUAGUUCUGUUACCAAAGAUUGCCAUGUAAGAAUAAAUGGAAAUAUUCAUGGUUAAAUUAAAUAAAAUGGGAUCAUCUCUGA